AUGGUCUACAUUGGUACAUUGAUGGUCAAUCCAUUAGUGAUGAGAAGGGCGAUUGGACGUCCCAAAAAGCUAAGGAUCAUGACCAAUGAUGAACUAAAGAAUCCACAUGUUCUGCCAAGGAACCUAACAUCUACCACUUGUACAAAAUGUGGAUCCAUGGGACAUAACAAAAGAACAUGUAAAGGAAAGAGAGCAACAUAUAUGGUCAUGCCAAAGGGAGGGAAUAAGACCAAGAAGCAAAAAACAACAAAGGGAAAUGGCAAGAAAAAGAAGUCAAAUAAUGCAUCACAGCCUACUCAAGAAGUUGGAUCUUGUUCACAAGGACCUCCAUCUACUAAAGAUUAG